AUGGUCAAGACACAUGAUAUUGUGGUGUUCCCAGGCGACUAUGGAGGCCCUGAGGUAAUGGCUGAAGGCCUGAAAGUGCUACACGAGAUCCAAAGACAGUAUCAAACAGACGUCACACUAAACCUCAAAUACCAUCUCAUUGGCGGAUCCGCAUUCGAUGUUCAUGGCACUCCUGUGACUGAAGAGGCCCUUUCUGAUGCCAAAGAAGCCUCAGCGGUACUUCUUAGCGCCGUUGGUGGUCCGGCUUGGCAGGGAAGCCCGAUCCCCGUCGAAUCGGGGUUGGGAAGGCUGCGCAAGGCCAUGGACGCAUUUGGAAACAUUCGACCGAUCAAUUUCAUUGCCCCCGUGUUGAUCGAAUCAUCCAGCCUAAAAGAGCGGGUGUGCUCGGGGACAGAUAUCGUCAUUGUGCGUGAGCUCAGCGGCGGCAUAUAUUAUGGAGAUCGUCGGGAACAUGACGGCACAUUCAACGCUGCCUCGGAUCUCGAUCACUAUGACGGAAGCACAAUCCAGCGCAUUACGCGGUUAGCAGCCUGGCUUUCCCGGUCGAAGAAUCCUCCUCUGCCGAUAACUAGCUUAGACAAAGCUAAUCUGCUGGCGGCGUGUGGCCGGCUGUGGCGUGGCGUGGUGACGGAAACUAUUGCCUCAGAGUUUCCAGAUCUGACACUUCAGCAUAUGCUAAUCGAUACGGCGGCCAUGACCAUAGCUCUUCGACCGACGACGCUCAAUGGAAUCGUCUUGACCAGCAACAUGUUUGGCGACAUCAUCAGCGACGAGGCUAGUGCCAUUCCUGGCAGUCUUGGUCUACUGCCUAGCGCGAGUCUCUGCGGGAUUCCUGACGAUGCUGAUGGGACCGUAGUGCGUGGCAUCUACGAGCCUGUGCAUGGAUCCGCACCCGACAUUGCCGGGAAGGGUAUUAUCAACCCCACUGGGAUGAUUCUAUCCAUAGCUAUGAUGCUUCGCUACUCACUUGGGAUGCCUGCCGCUGCAGUUGCUGUCGAAACCGCCGUCAGGGAGGUCAUUGAGCGGGGUUGCCGGACGAGAGAUAUCGGUGGAACGGCUUCAACAACGGAGUUCGGUGACGCAGUCGUAGCUUGUUUAAAGGAUCAUGCAUGA